GCAAAAUACAAGUACACACUUAAGGCUACACAUAUUUGGAGGCAAUAACAACGUCCUGCUAUGCCUGGACUGUUUUGUAUGUGAGUAACUGGAAGGACAUUUCCUUUCAGAUCAAGAGAUUUGAGAGCAUCUCAAAUAUUUUUCAUUCUGGGAGCAGGCUGAAAUUCAUGAAAGGAGGAGUUGUGUCUUCGGCUGUAGUUCACAAUGAGCAAAGGCUCUGGAAAUCGGUACAUCACCGCAGGAUCACUGCCUUACAACAUUCUUGUGGGCAAUGAUUGAGAACUUUUCUGCCGCUUCUUAAGGUCCGAGGAACUACAUUGCCCAGAAGUGCAUGCGCGAAGUUAAACCAAUGACGUACCAGACUGAAAGCAUUUCCUUGAAACUGACGUGGGGCGGGGCUUCCGGUUCUCUCUCCUGGCGGCCAUACUUGCUCUGUGUGUGUGGAGUCGGUCCGUUGAAUCGUGUCAGUUUUGAGGUAACAAAUCCGAGAAAGAGCCACGGAGUCUUGGUCCUUGUCUCACAGACUCGAGUUUGAAGCGCGCAGAGGACACCCGGGUGGCCGGUGCGAAGGCCGUUUCCUCGAACACAGAUCUCGUACCUCAGUCCCGAGUUGAUGGCUGUGGCCAGUGUGAGGCGCCCAGCUGAGGCCAGUGUGACCUUUGAGGAUGUUGCUGUGCACUUCUCCUGGGAGGAAUGGAGGCUACUUGAUGAGGCUCAGAGACGCCUGUACCUCUGUGUGAUGCUGGAGAACUUUUCACUUAUAUCCUCUCUGGGUUGCUGCUGUGGAAGAAAGGAUGUGGAGACACCCAUUGAACAGAAUGUUUCUGUACAAGUAUCACAAACCAAGAAUCCCAAGGCAACUUCAUCUUCCCAGAAGACUCACCCCUGUGCGAGUUGUGGGCCUGUCUUGAGAGACAUGUUCACCUUGGUAGAGCAGCAGGGCACACAACACAGCCCGACACUGCUGAGGUGUGGGGCAUGUGCAAAACGAUUUCAUUUCAGUGCAAAGUGUCAACAGUACCAGGAACAGCAUAUGGGACAGAAACCCUUCAGUAGUACUCUGUGCAGGUCCUCAUUUGUGAAGAGCUGCAAAAUCCACAUGUCAGAGAAUCCCUUUACCUGUGAUGAGGUUGAGAUUGACUUCCUGGCCAGCUCAGGUCCUCAGCAGCAGCAGGACACCCAUAAUGUGAAGGAGCCCAACAAAGACACCCAGUGGGAAGCAAUGUUACAAAGCACAAAAAGUCUUUACAGUUCAGUAGAAGGCAAGAAAGCCUUCAACCCCCAACACAUACUUGUGGACCAAGCAGUUCAUACUGGAAGACAGUGUUUUGUGUGCAAUGAAUGUGGAAAAACAUUCAGGUACAAAUCCUCAUUUAUCACACACUGCACAGAGCACACUGGAGAAAGUUUCUGUGUGGGUGGUGAAAGUGGAAAAUCAUUUAGUGAAGCCUCAACCCUCAGUGAGCAUCAAAAGAUUCAUACUGGAGCAAGGCAGUAUAAGUGCAGCAAAUGUGGAAAAUCCUUAAGCCACAAAUAUUUCCUCAUACCUCCCUUGGGACAGCACAAUGGAGAAAACAGUUUUGUGUGCAGUGAAUGUACAGAACCUUUUAGUCAUAGUUCAGUGUUGAUUCCCCAUCAGAGAGUUCACACUGGAGAAAAGCCUUAUAAGUGUAAUGACUGUUCCAAAUCUUUUACCUCUGUUGCUGCUCUAAAUGAUCAUCAGAGCUCUCACACAGGAGACGGGCCUUAUGGUUGCCGUGAAUGUGGGAAAUCUUUUACAUCUACAUACACCCUGAAUAAUCAUCAGAGAGUUCAUACAGGAGAAAGAGCUUAUAAGUGCAAUGAGUGUGGGAAAUCUUUUACCUCUACCUCAAGCCUCCGUUAUCAUCACAGAGUGCAUACUGGAGAGAGACCAUAUGAAUGCAGUGAAUGUGGAAAAACCUUUAAGGAUAGGUCACAAUUUACUAAACACCAGAGAGUUCACACUGGAGAAAGGCCUUAUGAGUGCAGUGAAUGUGGAAAGUCUUUUACCAGUAGCAGUAGCCUUUCUUAUCAUCAGAGAGUUCAUACAGGAACAAAGCCUUACAAAUGUGGUCAGUGUGAAAAAUCUUUCGCCUCUGGUUCCACCCUCCGCUAUCAUCAGAGAAUUCACACAAGAGAAAGGCCUUAUGAGUGUGGUGAAUGUGGAAAAUCUUUUAUCUGUAGUUCCAAACUUCGUUAUCAUCAGCGAAUUCACACUGGAGAAAGGCCUUAUGAAUGUACGGAAUGUGGGAAGUCUUAUGCCCAUAGAAAUAACCUUCUUACACACCUGAUAGUUCACUCAGGGAGUAGUCCUUAUGAGUGCAGUGAGUGUGGAAAAUAUUUUACCUUUAGGUCUACCCUUCGUUACCAUCAUAGAAUUCACACUGGAGAAAAGCCUUAUGUGUGCAGUUUAUGUGGCAAAUCUUUUACUUCUAGCUCUACUCUUCGAUGUCAUGAGCGACGGCACCUUGGGCGAAGAACUCAUGAAUGCCAUGAAUGUGGGAAGUCUUUUACAUCUAGUUCUACCCUUAGUUACCAUCAGAGAAUUCAUACAGGAGAAAGACCUUAUAAGUGCAAUGAGUGUGGGAAAUCUUUUACCUUUAGCUCAAGCCUCCGUUAUCAUCACAGAAUGCAUACUGGAGAAAGACCAUAUAAAUGCAGUGAAUGUGGAAAAACCUUUAAAGAUAGUUCUCAAUUUGUUAAACACCAGAGAGGUCACACUGGACAGAGGCCUUAUGAGUGUAGUGAAUGUGGGAAAUCCUUUCAUAUCAAAUACUCCCUCUCAAUGCACCAGAAAAUUCAUAACAGAGAAAGGUCUUACAAGUGCAGUGAAUGUGGUAAAUCUUUUACCUCUGCUCCCGGCCUUCGUUAUCAUCAGAGACUUCACAGGGGUGAAAAGCCAUAUCAGUGCAUUGAAUGUGGAAAAUCUUUUACUAGCAAGUCAUCACUUGUUAGACACCAGAGAGUUCACACUGGAGAAAGGCCUUAUGAGUGCACUGAAUGUGGCAAAUCUUUUACUUGUCGCUACUCCCUUCAAUGUCACGAGCGAGUGCACCGUGGAGAAAGGCCUUAUGAGUGUGGUGAAUGUGGAAAAUCUUUUAUCAGUAGUUCCAACCUUCGUUAUCAUCAGCGAGUUCACACAGAAGACAGGCGUUAUGAGUGCAGUGAAUGUGGAAAGUCAUUUAAGGAUAGUUCCCAAUUCAGCAAACACCAGAGAGUUCACACUGAAAAAAGACCUUAUGAGUGCAGUGAAUGUGGGAAAUUUUUUAAGCGAAUAUCUACCCUGACUCAACAUCAGAGAGUUCACACUAGAGAAAAGCCUUAAAUGUGUUGCGAAUGUACAAUUUUCUGUUCAGUGUAACAAAUAGCCUUGGAGGAAACUGAGGAGCCACCUGUCUGAAUCUAAGCUGUUACAUUUGAAUUGACCCAAUGAGGAGAUUCCUUCUAAAUUUCAUUCAUGUGGGAAAUGUGUGGAAAUGUAAUUUCUUACUUGCUCAGGACUCUUUUUAGGUUUACAGUGCAAAUUGUGUGGGUAUAGCCUUUUCCACUUUACCACGGGGCAGGUUUACAAACUUUGCAAGAGUCCACACCCUAAUGUGCUCAGGGAAACUGACCUCUUGUCCUCACAUAUACUGUAGUAAAGUAGGAAUAAUGUGAGCACUUAGGUGUCAGCUUUCCCUUUAUGACUAAUUUUGAGUCCCAGGGGUUCAUUGGUCUUACGUGAUACUUUUGAUGACUUUUUCUAGCUAGCAGUUCAUAAAUCUAGGAAGUGCCUGUUGCACAUUGCUUUGGCUUGUAGAAUAAUUGAGGCCUUACUCUUAAUUUCAUGCUAAUCUUUAUUUUUAAAAUCAAAAAGAUUUUAUUUAUUUCUAGCAAGGAGGAAGGAGGGAGAAAUAGAAACGUAGAUCAGUUGCUUCUCUCAUGUCCCCAGCUUGGGACCCAACCUGCAACCCAGCCAUAUGCCCUGAUCAGGAACUGCAGUAGCAACCUUGUGGGCCAUAGGCCAGUGCUCAAUCUACUGAGCUACACCAGCCAGGGCUGUUUUUAAUUUUUAUAUAUUGAUUUUUAGAGAAGGGGGAGAGAG